CUGGUUGGCGGGAGUGUCGCCUGCCCGCCCUUUCUCCGCUCGGGCAGUUGUUUCUUUUAACGCUGUUAGUGCUGCCCAGGCUGGCCAGGGACGGAAUUCCCUACUAAGGAACGCAGUAACCACAAAUGGAGAGACAGACCCCCCCAGGGAUAUCGAGGAGGAGAAUGGAGUGGGACGCGCAUGUACUGGUUUGGGAAGAGGUCAUAUGGAAAUGGGAUUAAGCCUAGAAGUGCUUUAUGAAACCUGCACAGUGGGAAGGUUGCCCUUUUUGGAGAGAGGAGAGAGGAAUGGAUGGAUGUGCCAUAUAUAAAAAAGACUGUCAGCAGAGGAAUUGAAUUGUAUUGAGGUGCACAGAUCUGGGGUUUGAAUACUGUGAGACAAACUUAAUAGUUUCCUAACAAGAACUAGAGUUUAUUUUUUUAAGGAGCAGGUUACUAUUCUGUAAACAUUUGUGUAAUUUACAUGCGCUGUGACCAUUAUUUUUCAGUUUCUUCAUGUAAACCUUCUUUUUGUUGCAGUGACACUUUCUGUAGAGAACAAAUCUAAGUGACCAGUUUCUGCAUCCUCUGAUCAACUCUAAAUUCUCUUUGCUGUGGAACUACUGUUGCAAGUCCACCUUAACACAAGAUUUGCUAUUUGAACCAAAGGGAACACUGUACAGGAACAUCUAAAUCUCUGAAACUAAAAAGUAGCAAUGCUUCAGCAUCUGAUUUUUGAGGAUAGGGAACACCGGAGGCUUGAUGAUCCUGCUAUAUUUAUUGAGCAGCAGUCUCAAAGAGUCCAACCAAGGGAACUAAGGCAAAUGCUAAUGAAACACUGAAGUUGAGAUUUUAAUUACUUAAAGGUCAGCACAUUCGAGGUUUAUCAGUUUAAGGGAGUUAUUCCAUAUUCCUACAGUGAUGCCCACUCAGCUCUUACAAAGAUAAAAAAAUUCACAUUACUGUUUAUUUGCUGAUGCAUGUGAAUUAUAUAACUGAAUGUUAUACCUGCAUAUUAUCCCUUUUUGCGAUUACGGUCUUGGUCUUUUAACACUUUCUCAACACUUCUCUGUAUAUUUUCUAUGUUCCCAUCACUUUCAGUAGCAAUAAACCCUUUGUUUUUUUUCUAACUUUUGUUCUACAUUACAAAAGGCUACAUUUCCUUUCAAGCUUGGAACCUCUACUCAGUUGGCAACAUUUGUUGCUAGACUAUCACAAAACACUCACAGGCACUGUGCAAACUAAUGUAUCAGAAUACCCGUAUGGCUGAACUAUCUUGUCUUUCAAUGGUGCUGCCGCUGGGAAUGAGCCCAUGCUGUCCCCCACGUUGUACUCUGGCAUCUUCCAGAAAAGCACAGUUUGGCCUUGCUGCAAGCAGUGUUGGGGUCUCUCAGCACUGGUGCUAUGUCCCAGCACUUCAAGCCCAUGCCCUGGCACCGUUUUAUUUACUAAGAUGGGCCAACAGGUCCGUGUAACACAUGUAAUAGUUACACUCCAUGUGACAAAAUACCCGUGUCCUUUGAACAUCGAGGAGCUGGAUCUAACCUUUAGACUAAAGGUUUUAAAAGAAUAGCACGCUUCAGAAACAGCCUGUGAGCCGAGCGGCACAAGCGACCCUUCCUAGAAGUGAAGCAGUAGGGAAUCUGCGGGUGUUAGCUGGGUCCCAGCAGCGGUGGGGAACAGGACUGCAAGUGUGCGCUGUAUGGCACCAGCCCCGAGGCGGGAGGACACGGCCCGAGCCCGAGGAGGCGCCUGGCCUGCCUUCUCCCGCCAGCUCCCUGACAGCCGCCAAAGCCUCGCUCCCCGCCCCAGCCUGGGCGAUCGCAGCGCCGGCAGCUCCGGCUGUGCCCUAAGAGAGAGAGGCUGCCGUUUUCCCGGCUGGAAGCGACGGGAGAGCCCUUUCUCCGCUGCAAUCGCCAGACCGUGCCCUGCCCGGGGCCGCCCUCUGCCCGCCGGCUGCCAAAGGCCGCCGCGGGGCCCCGCGGCCCGGCGCCCCCGCCCCCCGGCGGUCGCGGCCCCCCGUCCCGCCCGCAGAUAACCGCGGUCCCGCCGCCCCCCCGGCUCUUUCCCCACCCGCCCAGCGCGGACUCGAUCUCGGCUUGGCAGCCGCUCUCCAGGCGCCGGCUGCCUCUCGUCGCCGCCGCGGCGCGGUCAAGGAUGGCUCGGCAGCGCGGGGGCUUUCUGCAGGAGGCCUCUCACCAAGUCGUCGCCGGAGGCUCGGCGGGUCUUGUAGAAAUUUGCCUGAUGCAUCCCCUUGAUGUAGUGAAAACAAGGUUCCAAAUUCAAAGAGGGAAAACUGAUCCAACCAGUUACAAGAGCCUGGGGGACUGUUUUAGGACUAUUUUCCAACGAGAAGGAUUACUUGGCUUCUACAAAGGACUAUUUCCUCCUGUCUUGGCUGAGACACCCAAAAGGGCGGUGAAGUUUUUCACCUUUGAACAAUACAAGAAGCUACUCGGAUAUGCAUCAUUACCUCCAGGACUGGCAUUUGCAGUUGCUGGCUUGGGAUCUGGGUUGACAGAGGCAGUUGUGGUUAACCCCUUUGAAGUAGUAAAGGUUACCUUACAGGCCAAUCAGAAUGCCUUCAAAGAGCAACCAUCUAGCUUUGUUCAAGCUCGGCAGAUCAUUAAAACCGAUGGUCUGGGCUUCCAAGGACUCAACAAAGGUCUUACAGCAACACUGGGCCGUCACGGAGUUUUUAACAUGGUUUACUUUGGGUUCUACUUCAAUAUGAAAAACAUUCUUCCAGUUAAUAAAGAUCCAAAUUUGGAGUUUUUGAGGAAAUUUGGAAUUGGGCUAGUCUCAGGAACAAUAGCCUCAAUUAUUAACAUUCCUUUUGAUGUUGCAAAAAGUAGGAUUCAAGGACCACAGCCAGUUCCUGGAGAGAUCAAGUACAGAACCUGUUUUAAAACUAUGGCAACAGUCUAUAAAGAGGAAGGAUUUCUGGCUCUGUACAAAGGCUUGCUUCCCAAGAUCAUGAGGCUUGGUCCAGGUGGUGCAGUGAUGCUUUUGAUUUACGAAUACGUUUAUGCAUGGCUUCAGGACACAGUUAAUCACAAGUAGCACUUCUGAAAAAUGUACUCUUUAAAAUUAUAUGCAUUCUAAAAUACACUUCAAUAAAGUAAAAGUUAUUCUUA